AAGAUGGGAGGCAAAGUUACAUGCUUGGGCAGCGGCUGAUGAGACGCUUGGAUGGUUCUCAUGGCCUGCCACCAUCUUCACACUGCGACUGCUAGUGCUUCGCAUAUUUGCAGAAAUUUCUUGGGAUUCAUUUUCACCUCCAAAUUUCCCAAUCCUUUUCGUUUCUCUUCUUCUUCUUCUUCUUUGAGGAUACAGUCUCUUGGUCAUCAUUCUCUUCCGUCUUUCUCCGUUCUGCUGUCCCCGAAGGGUUACUGUAGUUCAUCCGGAAGUAUAGAUAAUGCCAAUACCGUAGAUAGCAAAGCAACUCAUCAUGGUAGUUCUGCAUCUUCUAGAAGCCAGCAAAUGCUGCAAUUCCAAGAUUCAUUAUCAAGUUCACUUACGUACAAAGAAGAGACUGGAAUUGAAAAUCCUUCAGAUGCUAGAGUCAUGCUCAUUGAUGGAACAUCAGUCAUUUAUAGAGCAUACUACAAGCUUUUGGCAAAGCUUCAUCAUGGCUAUUUAUCACAUGCGGAUGGAAAUGGAGAUUGGGUGCUAACAAUAUUUACUGCCUUGUCACUUAUUGUUGAUGUUCUGGAGUUUAUGCCUUCUCAUGUGGCGGUUGUGUUCGACCAUGAUGGACACCCAUAUGGUCAUACUUGUAUUUCAUCCAAUGAAAAUUUCAUGGCAAAAGGAUCCACUUUUCGUCAUACACGUUAUCCUGCAUACAAGAGUAACAGGCCACCUACACCUGAUACCAUAGUCCAGGGGCUCCAGUACUUGAAGGCAUCCAUAAAGUCCAUGUCCAUAAAGGUGAUUGAGGUACCUGGAGUGGAAGCUGAUGAUGUAAUUGGCACAUUGGCUUUGAGAAGUGUUGCUGCUGGGUGUAAGGUUCGUGUAGUCUCCCCUGACAAGGACUUCUUCCAGAUUCUAUCUCCUUCAUUACGUCUUUUACGGAUAGCUCCACGCGGGUUUGAGAUGGUUUCUUUUGGGUUGGAGGAAUUUGCUGAAAAAUAUGGAGUUCUGCAACCUUCUCAGUUUGUUGAUGUGAUGUCUUUAGUUGGUGACAAAUCCGAUAAUAUUCCAGGAGUGGAUGGAAUUGGUAAUGUCAAUGCUGUGGAACUUAUCAUUAGAUUUGGCACGUUAGAAAAUUUGUUGCAACAUGUUGAUCAAGUGGAAGAUGAACGUAUUAGGAAGAUGUUGGUAACAAAUGCUGAACAAGCUAUCUUGAGCAAGGACCUGGCAAUCUUGCGAUCUGAUCUUCCAGUCUAUAUGGUACCAUUUUCCACCAGAGAUCUUUUAUUCAAGAAACCGGAGGAUAAUGGGGAGAAAUUCACAAGCCUCUUAACAGCUAUUGGUGCAUAUGCAGAAGGAUUUUCAGCUGAUCCAAUCAUCAGGAGAGUACUACGCUUAUGGAAAAAGCUAGAUAGAAAUUAGUUAUAGGUAUCAAUAUAUUCAAACUGUAUGCCCACUUUGUUUCAUGUAAAUUUGGUUGUGUUGUAUCGUUGGAGAUACUAGUAGAGCUUAGAAAUCACAUUGUUCUUUUUUAUGAAUUCCCCUUUCUUGUUCUCGUUCUUCAUAGCCUUUAAUCUUAGAUGAGAAACACAAUAAAAGUCAGCUUCUUUUCUUCUCCUGUUGGUA